AUGAAGCUGUUCCAGGUGACGAUCCCGAACGAGCAGCACCACAAGGUCGUCUCGGCGCUCCAGGACGAGCUCAAGCUCGAGAACGUCACGAGCAUCGAGGCGCGGUCGUCGUCGAUUGUCACGUUCCGCGUCGAGGACGGCGAGAUGCAGCCGAUCUUGACGGCGCUCCAGAAGAUGGGCGUCGGCGUCCAGUUUGGCUUUUGCGAUGUCAUGUCGUUGACGCCAGGCACUUCCAUUUCCAAGCGCAAGCCCAAGACGCACAAGUCACGUCCGCGCCGCGCGCUGCUCCAACGCUCAACGGACGUCGGGACAGCGAUCCCGGUCGCCGAAAUGUACGCCCACAUCGAAGCCAGCACGACGUUGUCUCGGGACUCGAUUGGCAUGCUCUUCAUCUCUUCGUCGAUCGCUGGCAUUGGCUUGGCCGGCGACUCGUCGACAUGCGUCGUGGCGUCGAUGCUGCUGUCGCCGCUCAUGGGGCCGAUUCUCGGGUGCUCGUUUGGUUUUGCGAUCCGCGACCGCAACAUGUUUCUGAAUGGUCUCCUCAACGAGCUCUUUGCGCUCGUGAUCACGCUCCUCCUCGGCGUUCUCAUUGGCAUAUUCCUCGCACCGUACGCCGUCGACCUCAAGUGGCCAACGUACGAGAUGCGGUCGCGCGGCCAGUUUGUGUCGCUUGUCUUUGGCGCGGUGGUCGCGGCACUCUCGGGGGCGGGGGUUGCGCUCGCCGAGUCGAACGCCAACGUCUCGUCGGUCGUCGGAACAGCGAUCGCCGCCGCGCUCUUGCCACCGACGGUCAACUGCGGCAUCUGCCUCUCGUACGCGAUCUUGGGUCCACUCGUCGUCAACGACUUCCAAGAAGCGAGCCGACUGGUGUUUUUUGAGAUUGCAGUCGGGAGCUGGCUCCUUUUGUGGAUCAACAUCAUCUUCAUCUACCUCUCGGCCGUCUGCGUCUUCAAGAUCAAGCAAGUCGACAAGUUCCAGCUCAUUCGCAAGAUCGACGAAGGCGCAUGGACCAACUUGCCCAAGCUCGGACGCACGCCGCGCAUGCGGGGCGCCUCGUACGUGACCGAGGACGACGACGACGACGAGGUUUUGAGCGUGGGCGACGACCACAUUCGCCGCGUGUCGAUUCCGAUCGACCACAGUGCGUCCGACUCGCCGCUCUCCCCGACCAGUGCGACCAAACGCCGCGCUAGAGAGUUUGAUGCCGCCAACGACGACGGCGCCGCACGAGCCGACGUUGUCUAG